AUGUCCCUGCGUCUUGCCAGCCCUCCUCAAGGACCUCCUCCAGACGCCCUCCUCAAGGACCUCCUCCAGGCGCCCUCCUCAAGGACCUCCUCCAGACGCCCUCCUCAAGGACCUUCUCCAGGCGCCCUCCUCAAGGACCUCCUCCAGGCGCCCUCCUCAAGGACCUCCUCCAGGCGCCCUCCUCAAGGACCUCCUCCAGGCGCCCUCCUCAAGGACCUCCUCCAGGCGCCCUCCUCAAGGACCUCCACCAGGCGCCCUCCUCACGGACCUCCUCCAGGCGCCCUCCUCAAGGACCUCCUCCAGGCGCCCUCCUCAAGGACCUCCUCCAGGCGCCCUCCUCAAGGACCUCCUCCAGGCGCCCUCCUCAAGGACCUCCUCCAGGCGCCCUCCUCAAGGACCUCCAGGCGCCCACCUCAACGACCUCCUCCAGGCGCCCUCCUCAAGGACCUUCUCCAGGCGCCCUCCUCCUCCAUUGUUACAUUUUUGGGCAG